CCUGGGGAUGGGGAAUAAACAAAACUCAGCUGACUGCCGGGCCUUGAAUGAGUCAAGUCUAUAGAUGGGUGUGGUUGUCCGGUUGUACCUGAUAAUGUGGAGGAAGGAAAACGAAACCAACCAGCGUCGGCUUUCGAUCUAUUGUCCAGAAAACCUGACAGAUCAGAUGGGGAUUUUUAGCAGAUUCCGCCAGCAAAUAAAUUGGUGGUCUCUAGCCAACUAAGAUCUGUUUAUAUUUGAACCACGCAGGUAAUUAAACGAGGAAUUGAAGACUGCAUAUCAAGAGGAGAAACAUGUCUGCUGAGAGAAAGGAACUUCAGGAGACCUUGUGCUGCUACAUCGGAGAUACCCUCAUCUACAUCGACACAGUGAGAGAAUUCUGUGAGAGGAGCCAUAAAUGGAUACUUGGGAGGGAGACAGAGUUGCACAUGAUGAAGGACAUCAAAGACAGGGCUGACAACAUCGACCUAAGCAUUGACCAUGUCACCCAGUCAGAGAACAAAUUUAAGGCCUUUUGGGAAUAUAUGACAAGCAAGGCAACCCAGGUGACUGCAGACAGCCGGCGUGCAGAGCUGGAGAGGGAGCUGGCUGCUGUGCUGAAGGACACUCUGGGAGGUCUGGAGAAGCUCGACUGCUUCCUGGAUGCAGUGGAGAAUCUGGCGGUCACCUCACUUCAUGUGUUCACGGAGGAGAACCCGGUGUUACAUCUGCCAGAAGGGAUCAGCCCCGGACAUGUUCAGUUUGUCAUCUAUGCUGCACGAACAAUCUGUCCUCAGCUCCUCGAGUUUAAAAGAGAUGCAAAUGUCUUCUUCCGUCCCAAACUUCAGAAUGUGGAAGUGCUGUCAUAUCAGCUGAACGAAUACAUUAAGACCACCCAGAAAAUCUGUGGGAUGUUAGAGAAAAGCUCCCUCAGUGACUUUUGCAUGGAGAUGAAUGACGAAACCCUGGUGGACCUCGAUGUGGAUUUGUCUGAAGAUGACAUACAAAUGAUGCUUUCUCACAUUAAUGAGCUUGAUGAAAUCAGAAUGAACCAGAACUUCCGGACGGUGUUCUUGUUUCAGGGGGAAUGUUCUUCCUUCAUCAGUGAGUUCGAAAACCGACAGCCCAGAAUGCUGCAGUCUCUUAAAGACCUGGAGGAGAAUGCUGUUCAGCUAGACAGGAUGAAUAUGGGGGCAAAGAUCUCCAGUGUGGCAGGCAGCUCAGUGGGGGCAGCUGGAGGUGUGCUUUCCAUUAUCGGUUUGGCAUUAAUUCCUGUAACAGCUGGAGUGUCACUAGCUCUCACAAUGACUGGGGUGGGGAUGGGAAUUACCAGCGGAGUCAACAGUGCGGUCACGACUGCCACAGAGAUUGGCGUAAACCGCAAACAUCAAACGAAAGCCAGUGAAAUCUUCCAGAGCUUCAUGGAGGAUGUGCAGAGUCUCCAGGAUUGUCUGAAGGAGGUCACCCAAAGGGAAACAAACCCGAUAGAUGUGGUUCUGGGAGUAGGCAGGAUCCUUUGUAAAGCUGGUGCUAUUGGAAACGGUAUCGAUUCGCUUGUUGAUGCUGCCUCAGCUGUUAAGAUGUUAAAAAGUGAAGAGCUGGCUGUAAGUGCUGGCAAAGUGGCCAUGCAGGAAGGGAAAGCGUUACGUAACGUGCCCAGGGUGGCAGCAGAUAUCCCCGAUAUUGGUCAGGCAGCAGUUAAAGGUCCUCUUGCCCUCUCCAAAUCAGCUAGGGCCGGUCUCAUCGGGCUCAAUGCUCUCUUCCUUGGCAUGGAUAUCUUCUUCAUCUGUAAAGACAGCAUCAGUCUGGCCACAGGCUCCGAGACUGAGGUCUCACAAUUCAUCAGAGCCAGAGCUGCACUUUGGUGCUCAGAGAUGGACUCAUGGCAGACGAUCUAUGACUUUCUGGCCAAAGGUCUGCAGACAUCAGAGAAUAACAAAGCUGUCCUGGAGAAGCCAUUUUAUCCAGAAAGAGAGAUGAAGGAAUGCAGAGAAAUGGGAAUGAAAAUUCCAUUUGAUGAAGUGGAUGAAAAACAGAAAAUAAAUGAGGAAAAGUCAUGUGUAAUACAGUGAACAGAGACGAGUACCAACUCUGACACUUUCAUCACAUAUCAGAUCCAUUUAAAUUAUGUUUAAAUGUAUCUUUGAGGAAUUCUUAAUUCUUCAUUGAUUUCAUGAACCUUUGCUAAACCUGUUGUUAUUGUGUGUUAUUUAGCACUUUACCUGAUGAUUAAAACACUACUGAAGAAAAUAAUAAUUAUUUUAAUUCUAGAUUUGAAAUUACUGUAAAAUUAAAUUAGAGCAAGAUAUUAUGCAAAAUUACAUUCUGUACAGUCUGUAUGAUCUUCAUUAUUAUGUAUGUAUAAUUCAAUCUGCACAUUUUCUUGCACAAAUUUAUAAAUACGAAUUUAAAAAGUAUAAGUGUUUUAUCUGUUAGUAAAAAAAACCCACUAUGUAAUGAAACAUUUUUUGUUAUAGAAAUACUAUAAAAUGAACAAGUAUCCCUCAACGUGCCUGCAUUCUUUAUCAAUACAGACAAACGCUAAGUACUAUUACUUAAUAUUAUCAUAUACUAUUACUACUAUAGUGUGCUGCUAUAGCAGAUGUAUAUUCCCCUUAAACUAAACUAAUUGCUGACUUGGCUGUGAAUGAUCACACAGCUAGGUUGCUUUGUUUCAGACGACCCUGUAGAAUUAAAGUAGUUUAAGUGUAACACUGCUCAUGGAUACUGCAGGUAUAUUGCUUGUCUUGUGAUUUUUACGUAAAUUUCUGUUAUUCUUUCUGUCCUUGUGCUGCUGCAACAUCACAAUAAAGAUUUGAUAAAUAAAAUA